UCCAGGACGAGCUGCUAGGAAUAAGGAUUCGAGUCGCAUUGUAAAACGAAACUCGUCUCGUAGAAAGAUGCUAUUGAGGCGAAAAUGUUGUGUCCGGAUAAUUUUCAGUACAAAGCCACGAAGAUAAAGUUGUAAAAAGUAUAUGACGGAGUCGGAGAGGCCCUGACUGUUUUCUGAUUCUGACCAAGGGAGUAGGGUAAGCAUGUAGCUACCUUCACAUGGCGACAAUGAAAGCGCAGCGCUCGCAGAGGACGAUGAAGAAGCUGAAGCUCCCCCUGCUUCGGAGGCUCUACUAGUGUACUUAGAAGAGAUACUUCUUGUCUCCACUCGUCCGCCGGUCCUAAAAAGCGCUUCCUCCCACUGAUUUUCUGGACGACACAGCCACUCGCGUCUACUUCUGCAACUAGUACAACUGGCCGCAACGAGAAUGACCGGCUACCAGCGCGGCCACCCGCACAGCGCCAGCCUGGGCAGCGGCGGCGGCACGAACGUGGGCUCCUUCUCCCAGCUUCUGGGGGACCAGGGCAUGGAGAACUACGACAAGGAUGUCCGAUUCAUGGCGGCCAGUGAUCUGACGCAACAAAUCACGACCCAGCAGAAUCAGCCGUUGGAGGUUAACAUGCAAAAGAGAAUUUCCAACGCGUUUCUUCACCAGUUGGAAGAUGCAAGCAUUGAGGUGCAGGGCAACGCUGUCAAGUGCCUGGCGAAGAUCGUGUGCAAGUUCCAGGAGCCUCUGAUCGGCGAAGCGGCCGGGCGCCUGGCGCACCUGGUUUUGGAGGGAAACGAGAAGGUGCGCGACAUCUACGCCACCUGCCUGAAGGGCCUAUUACUGGAGCUGAAUCCACAGACCUCGGGGCAGGUGGUCUGCCAGAACGUGCUGCCCAGGAUGUUGUCCGGCAUUUUGUAUAAGAGUGCACAACACCCGCCUCGCGUCCAACUCAUUUGUAUGGGAUAACGAUAAACAUUUAUUUUCAGGAAAGCAGAUGCAGAAACAGCAGCACACAUGGAGCAUGUGCGCGACAUCAAGUUCAUGCGCCGAGUUUCAUGCUACUUUUUCGGGUGAUUCAGAAAUUUGUCAUCCAUUUUAGAGUGACGCAAGGGUGGGAACAGUUUAGUGUUUUGCAUGACAAAUGACGACGAAGGGGAACAAUUGUGCACUCCAAUACUUGGUCGGCGAACUUCAAGGCAGAGGUGAAGGAGGAAUGCUUGGACGUGCUAUGUGAGGUAAAGGAAUAUCAUACGUUUUUUUGCGACAUAGAAGAUAGCGAUGCUCCAUUGGAUUAAAGUACGUAUUUAGAACUCACAGCAAGCCUUGAAUAGCGAAGAAAAACCAAAAUCCACUUAAUUGCUCCACGAGGUUCUCCGUCGGUUCGGCGACAGCAGCCGGGUGCACGCGGAAAAGAUGACCCCCGGUUUGCUGAACUUGUUGCAAUCCCCCGUGACGAAGCUUUCCAUCCGGAAGAAGUGCGCCCAGUGCUUCGGGAUCCUCUCCACCGUUUUGCUCGAGAACCAGCUGGAAGCGCUGCUGAUCACGUUCCUGAACCUGACGAAGCCCAAGCCGGACAACGGCAACGGCGGGAGCAGCCAAACGCCAGAGUCGCUGCUGGCCGACCGCAUGCUGUGCUUGCAGUCGAUCGCCGCGAUCGGGAAAAAUGCGUGCAACCCGCGGGUGUUUGCGCGCCACAUCCCGGAGAUCAUCCCCCUGUUUCUCCAAAUCUGCCGGGAAAACACGAUUAACCUGAACCACGACCACUCCUCCUCCAGCAGUCAAUUGUCCGCCAAGCACAGCACCGAGAUCGUGGAGAACUGUCUGCUGACGUUUCAGGCGUUUUGCUCCUGGAAUAAUGGCUCCGGGAUGAAAGAAAUGGCGGAGCCGGAGUUUUUCGAACCAAUACUUGAACUCGUUUUGGAUCUCAUCGCCUACGUAACACUCGCAAAUUACAGCUGUCUGCUGGGACGAGAUCUCCUGAAAGAUGAAUCAUGCACAGCUGGAAUUCUUUUUCCGCAUUUGCAUUUCGUGUGAUCGCGAUGAAGAAAGUCUGUAUUGAUAUAAUGUCAGAUAUUUCAUCAUGAGCGCCGCACCGACGAGUGCGGCAUGUUGCAAAAAUUUCUCAUCUGACUGGUGGUACUUGUGCAUCAUCGUGUAUUUUUGUUUCUCUGAAAAAGAUGAUAACAUGACUGCUCGGCCGGUAGUACUUACUUACAAUAUAAGCGGGUGGUGUCGACAGCAUUAAAUACACGUUUCAGACAGGAGAUUGACCCAGACGGCGAUUUGCAGUGGAUAAGACGACCCCAAUUACUACGGUGGCGGUGACGAGGACGAAGAUAUGGGCGGCAGCGGAGGGGACUCCGAUUACAGUGAUCAGAGCGAGUAUGGAUGUGUCAGGUUUGAAAUCGUCAAAGUUGAAAUAGUUUGCCAUGCAUAAAACGGAUACCAGUUAGACCUGCAGUCUGUAGUCGGUGCAUGACAAAUUUUCCCGGUCCUGGAAGCGAGUCUGUCAUGCGGUUUAGGGCAAAAGAGCUGCCUCCUGUCAUGGUAGUUAGCAGUCCAACUUUUGACCCUUACCAGGUCUAUAAUCUGCCUCCCGUGGGUCCUCUGCAAUAGAGUCACUUUUUGUGUCGCAUUUUAUGCAUUACAAAUUAUUUCAACUUUGACGAUUUCAACUCUGACGCUCCCAUAGCGAGUACGACUCCGACGAGGAAGACGACCAGGAGUCCUGGUAUAACCUGCUCAGGUGUUACAAUCUCAACCGUUACAAUGCUGGAGUCUGGAAUUUGUGUUGCAAAAUGCGCAACAUCUGGCCUGCUCCCACAGGAUUGCGCAUGACAAGUUUCGGACCCCCAAACCGCACUAGAAUCUGUGGAAAUUUGUGUUGCAGAAAGUGGAAUGCUCUGGGAUUCUGUCAUGCUCAUCACGCAAGACAAAUUCCAGAUUCUAUUGUAACGUUUCAGAUUGUAACACCUGAGCGGGUUAUACCUGGAAGGUGCGACGAGCAGCCUUCAAACUCGCGACGGCGAUGAUUACAGGGCUGCCGUUCUAUCCCCGGUAAGAGCCUCGCCCAGGUUGAGCAAUAUUAUUGCAAUUAUACUGGGUGCUGACAGUGACAGAUCCAUGUGAUUUACAUUUACGAGGCAAUAAGUCUGUCAGCAUUUUGAAUACAUCCUUGGAUGCCGAGCAAUGCAAAUUUUUUCUGUUGCGAGCUUUACUACAAUAGGAGGCUUUUGCAAUGCAUAGUUCCAAACUGGAGACCAUCCUGGAGAAGUUCGCCAACCCCUGCAUCCAGCGCUUUACGAACGAGCGGGACGCAAACGUGAAACUGGACGCCUUCUGCACCAUUGAAUGCCUCGCAAAAGUUAUCAGAGGAGGAAACUGUUUUACUGUUUCAUUGUCGACUGGAGAUUUUGCAUGAAUCGAGAAAAUAGAAAGUUGUUGCCUGCUACACAUGCAAGAUGGUAGUUUGGUUUCGAGCAGCUGUGAUGUUAUUCCUUGUGGAAAAUUGUUUUUUGCGUUGCAACUUCGAUCGUAUGCAGUGAAACACGUAGUUUUUCGUAAGGAUGAAAGUGACCUGCUCCUUUCACCAGUCGGGCGGCGCGGUGUCCGGUGGUUUGCGGGGCGGCGCCAGCACUAUUGGGACGAGGCAGCCGACGAAUGAAAGCACUUUUCUUUCGGGAUUGCACCCCGAGAUGGCCGGAGCGAUGAACAAUAUGCUGGUACAGCUACCAGGAAAUUUCUUGCCGCCGUCGAGAACUCCGACCGGGCAGUCGAGCGACGGGGGUGGAGCACCGGCAAGUUCUACUUCCGGUGGCGGUACUAACAGCACUACAACCCCCGGAGCGAUGAAGCGGACGGCCUCGGCGAUAAAAACCGAGUCGCUGCAGAAAUUCGUCGGCUUGAUUCCCAAAACCCUGGUGCCAGCCCUGGCGAAGCAGUUGAAUGGCAAGUCGAAGCAGGGUGCUUUUCAGUUGUUGAAGACGCUGUCGCAACUGCUCCCCACGCAACUGGAGCAGCCGCUGCUCGCGAACAGCAAUUCGAGUAUCACCGCGAACUUUCUGUCCGGGCUGACCCCGGCGACGUCCGACAGUAUUUCUGUGCAGAUUUUGCUGGACACCCUGAUCAUUUUGAAAAACCUGAUCAGUCACUACGUAGACGCCGCGGUGUAUUUGAAACUGUCCUCGGACAUCCUUUAUGCUUUGCAAAAGUACUUACUAAAAUAACUGCACAUGAUGUUGACGGAUCCCAUUGUUAAGCAACAGUAGCAUAUGUUACAAUUUGGGCUUUUAUUCAUCUACAGCAACUUGGGCAAAUUGAAAUUUGUCGUGCAAUAACUAACUAGUACGGUUCUUUUGCAAUGCAUGGCCUCCCGAAGCUGUUCAAACUGAUCAGCGCCAACGAGCGAUCGAAGCAGGAAUACCGGGGGUACAAGGCGGUUGCGGAAGCGCUGCGCGUGGUCUCCGUCUACCUCUACCCGUUGUUGCUGAGCAAUCUCACGAAGAGCGGCAACGACCAGAGUGGGGAUGCGAUUAUGGGCGACAGCGACUCACUGGCGAAGUCCCGCACGAUAAUACAGCCUUUGUUUCCGAUCUUGCAAGAGAAGCUCCAGAAAACCGAUUUGGACCAGGACGUGAAGGAAGCGAGUUUAGACUGUUUCGCGCACGCCCUGGCCUGCACGGGGGACAGCUUUCUGGAAGAAGCUGGGAAAUGCUUGCCUGCGUUUGGUAUAGCAUUACAGAAGAGCUAUUUUUAUUUGCAUAGCGCCGCUCUUGCGCUUUAUUUUGUGCGCGGCUUGUGGUCGUCAUCUUGGAAUGCAACGUCGGUCCACCUACGCAAGCUGUCAUGCUUGGCGGAUGCACUUGGACUUGUUCUUGACUUAAGAUGAAAGAAAGUACUAGAAGGUAGCGCAUCUAAGUAAAAAAUCACACAGUGGAAAGAAUGCGGAACGAGCUGACCCGCAUGCGCGCGAUGCUCGCACUGAAGGUGAUCUGCAGUUCGCACCUGGAGGUAACGGUUUCCGAGGACUUGCUCCACCAGAUGUGCACGUUCCUGGUGAACUACCUGGCGCAAAACCAGCGGGCGAUCCGGCAGCAGGCACUGGACUGUCUGGGGGCGUUGUUAUCAAAUGUAAAAAUGUCUGGGUCUGGAAGAAUGCAACUUGUGAUGCUGCGUUUCGAUGUCUAAAAAAUUUGUGUUGCAUGAGCAGCAAAAGGAAUCUAAUUUUUGCUACGCGGAGAGGGCAUUUGUCAUGCGGAAUGGGCAUCAAGAAUCCCUCAGAAAACCUGUGAUGCUAGGGCAUGCAUUACAGGCAUCAUGGGUCAUGAGAAAUAUGCAUGACAAAUCUUGCAUUCUUCCAGACCCAGACAUUUUUACAUUUGAUAGUUGUUGCGGAAAUACAAAAACCUGCCAGAGAAAACGCAGCUGCUCUGCGUCUCGGCCACCUCGGCGUUCUUCACGGACACGGACCUGUAUCGUCGAAACAGAUUACUUAUCAACGAGUUGAUGAUUUUCGCAUAUUCACAAUAGAAUCGCAUUUUUUUCUGGACUUGAAACAGCCGAGCAUCUCUCUCCCAGAACUUUUCUGCUGCGCGGAUUAGGUUUUUUUCAAAUUGUAUAUGUAUGAUCUCUAGUGCACGGCGGUUAUUGUCGUUUCAUUUGGUCUGCUAUUGCUGACUCUGACAUCGAGCGUCACAAAUAUCAAUUCAAAUUUGUGCCCUAGGUACCUUACCGAUCUUGCCGUUCAAGUGGUCAUAAACUCGCUGAAUUCCACCACCGGCGGGUCCGUUGCGGUUUCCGAAGUCAUCGCGCAAAAAUGCCUCCCGAAUAUUCUGAACUGCACCCGUUCUCCCCUGCUGCAGGGCGGGGCGCUGGUGUCCAUCCUGACCUUUCUGAACACAAUUUCUUACCAGGAAGAGGAGGUCGGCACCAACGGGCAGCCGGCGAAAAAGACGAAGUUGACCGGCGUGACGUCGAGUGCGGCAAACAGCAACAGCAGUCCUGUGGGCUCCAUGCUCUGUCUGUACACAAACAGCACUACUCAACAGGCCAGUCACAGCAACUCUGUGUACCGACAACUCACCCUGGUGGAGCCGGUGAUCGAGCGGGCGCCCACCACACAGGCGGCGCGAAACACGAUCGCCAAUCUGGCGAAGUGCGUCGCGGCUCUGGCCAUCGUGUCCCCGCAUUUGCACGAAAUCGUGCUGGAGAACUGUGCGAAUUUGACGGAGAUCGGGUCCACCUCCGCGGACCACCAAACCGCGGACGAGGUGACGAAGUUUCAAACCGAGCUGGCCCUGCUUUCCCUCGGGGAAAUUGGCAAGCACGUCGACUUGACCACGAUCGCGAACAACCAGAGCCAGCAGGGCUGCAAAAUGAGCAUUCAGGAGCUGCUGCUGUCCUUCCUCAACUCGGAGGACGACGAGAUCACGCACGCGGCGGCUCUGACGCUGGGCUACAGUUGCAUGGGCGGCCAGUCGACGUUCCUGACCCUGCUGGUCGACUGCAUCAUUCGGGAAACGGAGAACUUGAGCAGCAGCUCCGUCGUGUCCGCCACCACGAGGAAAAAGCAGUACCUGCUUUUGACCGGCUUUCGCGAGGUCAUCUCCAUGGAGUGCGAGAACAGCAACGUGGUGGGGGCUGCAGUAGGUGUGCACCCGUCGUCGAAUGUUAUCCAGGAAAAAAACUGUGUAAGUGUAAGUUUCUUUGAGGUUUAGCAUCACAAGUUUGCUCUGCAUGACACAGAAAACCUGUCAUGCGUAGCUAGUAAGGGAAAACAGGCACGAAAAUUGCCUCUGAUGCAUGUCCAGCAUGACAAGUGUAUACAGUUUUGCAUUUUCUGCAACACAAAGUUACACUUACACAGUUUUUUUCUUGGAUAAAUGUUGCUGGUGGUGUAGUGUCAUCAGCCAAUAAUUCCGCACCGAACAUCACCUCCUCUACUUCAUCUUCGUCCAAGAUUGUGGAGUUGCUGCAAGAAAACGACGGGUUCCUGAGGAAGAAGAUUUGCGCCAUCCUCGAGAACUCGUUAGCGAAAUCCACCGAGGAGGGGGUCCGCGUGAUAGCUGCGGAAUGUCUCGGGUUCUUGAUUCAUCUACUUGACCACAGUUCAACAUCUAGUGCAGGAGGCGCUGUGGGGGACCAACUUGUCUUAGCCACCGUCCUGCGGAUGAUGGGCAAUGGAGAGUGCGCGAAAACCCGCGCCUGCGCCGUUUCGGCCGUGCGGUACGCGCACAGCAAGAGACAAACGGUGCAGCUUUCGAACAACCAGCAGCAAGUUGAAGCCGCGAACAACCAGCAGCCGAUAUUGAGAGGAAAAAUCCCCCCUCCCCAUAUCGAAAAGGUAUGUUUCCGAAAAUUUGUGUUGCUGAUUUGAGGUCACAAAUCACAUCUCUCAUGCAAGAAGACAAGGGCAGAAGCUUCCGCCCCAUUAUGGAAGCGAUUUGUCAUGCUGUUGGGCCUAAAGGUCAGCCGUUUGCCAUGCUGAGCAACUAGGCCCAUACGUCCCUACCUAGCCUGGGGAUCUGGCCGCAAAGCCUCUCUGCAAUACAAAGCUGACUCGUGUACGCAAAUCCAGCAUCAGAAAUUCCGUUUUGAUAUGGGGAGGGGGGAUGUUUCCUUUCGAUAGCCGAAAAAGCAGUUGAUGCAGCCGUUCAUCAACGCCUUGGAGGAUCCGGACGUGUUGCACGUGCGAAAAGCGGUAUUGCAGUCGAUUUCCGCGAUUCUGCACAGCAAUCCGGUCUGCCUGAGCCCGAACGUUAUCGACUACGUCGCGCGCCGGUGCAACGACGAGGGAAAGGUGAAGCUGGAAUUCAUCCGGGAAGUGGAUCUCGGGCCGUUCAAACACAAGGUGGACGACGGCAUUCCGGUCCGGAAAAGCGCGUUCGUCGUGCUGCUGGACCUCUUGCAGACCUUUCCGCAGGAGGUACGACGGUUUUAUACGUGCUGAUGCCAUUUAGAAGGAUUUUUACCUCCGAUGUGCUGCAUUCAUUUUUGCAUGAGAAAUAUCGGUUCGUUACCUUAACAUAAACAUUCCACCAGCUGAUACUAAUCGGGAUUGGCAUGGCAAAAUUAACCAAGUAGAGGCACGGUGCGCCGCUUAUGAAAUCAAAUUAUCAAACUCUAUCAGAUGGUCCCGAUGGCGGAGGAAGGACAAAUUUUGGAGCUGCUCGCUAACGGCUUUCAAGACUCUGUUAUGGAAUGAAGGAAGCCUUUGUGUUUGUGCUGCUUCUAAGCUACAUGCGUUGUAUGCCUAUUGCACUGAUCUGGUAACCAAAUGCGUGCGCGCGCGCGCGCAGAGCGCGCGCCGGCCCACGAAGCCGGCGCGCGCGCUCUGCGCGCUUGCGAUAUUGCUUUAGCAAACGCAGCGCGAAGGCAGUUGCCGUUACCAUAUAGGGCAACCGCCGGGAGGCGUGAAGGUCCGGGAAAUGGCCAGAAAUGAAGCGGGAGAAGGGAAAAAAAGCGGACCAGAUGGGAAAAUGGGCAGGAGGUCAAAAAUGUCGCAAAAACGGCAGAAACCAAGCGGGAGGAGGUGGAAAAAGAGCAUUUUUGCAGUCUGGCCCACUUAGUAUCUGCAAAAGAGACGGACUAUUUUUUGCUUCGCCCGCUGGGCAACUACGUUGGAGAAGCAGGUCCGCGACCUGUCCGGAAGCCUUGGGCCGCUUCGUAACUGGAAAAAGUUGGAAAAAAAUGGCAAAAAUUUGCUUCAUAACGUGGGUGGAAGCAAUCGUCGGAUUUUGUCCAGGUCGCCCGGGCCACUUGAAAAAUGAAAAAAGAUGAAAAAUUGCGCAAAAGCGCACUCCCUCCGCAGGCUUCAAAACUGCCACCCAGGUGGGGGCGGCGAAAAUGCGCAGGUCGCCCGGGCCACUUGGAAACCAGAAAAAGAUGAAAAAUUGCGCAAAAGCGCAUUCCCUCCGCAGGCUUCAAAAUUGCCACCCAGGUGGGGGCGGCGAAAAUGUCCGGAGCCCUUCGGCCACCUAGAAACUUGAAAAAAAAGCAAAAAUAGGCGAAAGUCGAGAACCCUCGGCAGGCUUACAAAUUGGCCGCCAAGGGCGGUCCGGCGGGCGCGCGCUUGCGCCAUACCAUCGCGAUUGGGGAAAAAAAAUCGGACUAGAAGCAGGCGGAGGCAUGUCCCAAAGUCCGCAUUUGCUCUGGGUUGUGGGCACAAAUUCGGCACCUCCGCCGCGUCUGAAAUGCCCGAUUUUGGUUGCCCGGAAGGGUUUUCGGAUUUUCGGCUUUCAGCAUAUUUUCCGGGCCAGGUGGCCAGUUGAGUUUGUCAGGCAGGGGCUAGAAAGGAUGCCCCGCUGCCACAUAGCCGGAUUUCGCCUUCAAUGCUUAUCGCAGGAGCCUGAGGGCCGCCGCGGGCGACAGUAGUUGUCCGCGGCCCUUUAGGGCCGCGGGGAAGUGGUGGAGCCCGCGGCGGCCCGCAGGCUCCUGCGAUAAGCUUUGAAUGCGAAUCCGGAAGCCCCCGAUGACCCAGAUACCUUCCCGGCCAGGGGGCCAGUUUCUCAUGGAGGGGACUUGAAGAAGAAGGAGUGGGACUGUAAUCAAAAAUAAAUAGCGCCAAAGCGCGGCCCGCAGGGUCGCGCUUUCGCCGCGCGGCUGGUUAGGCUUUCGCGCUGGUUAGGUUUUCGCGCACGCAUUUGGUUACCAAUAUCGCCCUCCGGGCGCGACCUUCAUACUGAUUUCGAUGAAUGUACGGAGGAGCCCUAAGCAAAAAAUCAUUCAAAUCUCUGAAAACUUUUCGUGCCAGACUUCGAUUGGUAGAUCGAAAUCCACUAGUGAGCCCACCCUUUAGAUGCUGACAAGCACAUUUUUUCCUUCUCUUUCCAUACCGCACGACAUUCAAGUUCUCGCUUGUUCCCUUCUUGCCGAAGCCGCGAAUUCCUUCUGGCUGGGGCCGACCUUCGGCACCGGCAUUACCCCGAUAGCGGCGCAGCAGGGGGCCCCGAAUGCGAUGCUGUCCAACCCGAACAAUCCCAUGAACAACACUUCUGCCGCGACGUUCAAUUUCAUCGAGCCCCUCGAGCGGGCGAUCCAGAAGAACAUCAAAAUCAUCCAGUCGAAACAGCAGAAUUCCAUGCAGAAAGCCCAAGACAUGCUGCGGUGCUUCGUCCGGUGUCUGCGGCAGAUUUUCAAUUUUUCAAACGGCAACGAGCAAACCGUAACGCUGCGCGACGCGAACAAGAACUUUAUCGACUUUUUCGCGCGGCUGCAGCGGGACCCAAUUUUCCUGCAGUACUGGGAAAUUUGCGCCAAGGAGAACCAGGCGAACGGUGCGGCAUGAUGAGGGGUUUGGGAUGGAUGUUUUCGUACGUACCCGCUCUGAUUUUAUUUUCGAAGUGAAGGUAGAUUACUGAUACUGAUUACUGUUUACUAGAUAAGUACAUUGCAGGUCGAGGCACAUGAACCUAAAGCGAGUGGCUCGAUGGCAUGAGCAAGGGUACUUGGGUUGCUUUAUGUAAAACUUUUUGAAGGAGGACAGAGUUACGAGUAUUUCUCUACGUUUUGGUUGUAGCUUUUGCUUUACGUCAAGCUGCUCAAGCUGUAGUCUAGCAAACACGCUCUGCUAGUACUAGUCGCUCCGCUAGCUCAAGUCCAAGACAAGUAUUCGAAUUCAGCGUAAAAGAAAAGAUGUACGUAGGCGGAGGUUAUCUGACUGACGACCAUAAAGAGACCCUGGAAAUAACUGCAGUGCCCAGCAGAGAUGAAAGGUACGGAACAGCAGCACAAAAGUGUAUGCUCUCUAGAGCUGAUGGUUCUCAGGGACUUCGGGAAAGUAGCGAACCGAAAUGAAAGCGUCCUCGUGUUCUUACCUCUCGCGCGUUAGUGCGGCUGGUGAAGAUAGGCGUUCUCGAAACUUGUGGACAAAGUAAACAAAGG